AUCUAUUUCCUGGAGCAUGCGCAGUCGCUUUUCCUGCUUUGUGCGUAUGUCAAGAUGGCUGCCUCCACAUUGAACGUGUUGCUGAGGCGCCUUCCAAGCAUUUCGCCCUUCAGAGGUGCCUACGGAGUUCAGGUUCCCCUCCAGACUCUUUGCACCAAAGCCCCCCCUGAGGACGAUUCUUUGCCCCCAGUUCCCGUUUCCCCUUAUAAGGAUGAACCCUGGAAAUAUCUGGACUCAGAAGAAUACCAGAACCGCUAUGGUUCUCGCCCUGUCUGGGCUGACUACCGUCGCAACCACAAAGGUGGAAUACCCCCACAGCGGACUCGAAAGACAUGUAUUCGUGGAAAUAAAAUUGCUGGGAAUCCCUGCCCCAUCUGCCGGGAUCAGAAGUUGCACGUUGACUUUAGGAAUGUGAAGCUCUUGGAACAGUUUGUCUGCGCCCACACGGGUAUCAUCUUCCAUGCUCCAUAUACAGGGGUCUGUAUGAAGCAACACAAGAAGUUGACCCAGGCCAUCCAGAAAGCCAGGGAUCAUGGUCUCCUCAGUUACCACAUUCCCCAGGUUGAACCCCGGGACCCUGACUUCAGUACCUCUCAUGGAGCUGUGAGUGCCACUCCGCCAGCUCCCACUCUGGUUUCAGGUGAUCCCUGGUACCCAUGGUACAGCUGGAAACAGCCACCAGACAGAGAGCUGUCCCGCCUUCGUCGGCUGUACCAGGGCCAUCUCCGAGAAGAAAGUGGCCCUCCGCCUGAGUCAAUGCCCAAGGUGCCCCGCACAGCCCCAGUUGAAGCCUCCUCCACUGAGCAGGCGGGCCCCCAAACUGCUCUGUAGGAGCUGUAGACUAGGAAGGGAGCCGGAGGGUCCCUUACACAGUAUUUCACCCUGAAGAGCUGUCUACAUUGUGGCCAGUGGCAGGCCCAGGGCCAGAGAAAGGAAAUGAUUGUUGGUGAAAGGGAUAAAUACAUCUGAGGCUGAGGGAGGGCAGUACAGAUGUGUAUCAGAAGCCCCAGCCCCUAUAUGUUGUCAAUAGAUGGGCUAUACAUUCUGCUACUGUUUCAGACCUGUGCCAGCUGGGUUUUUCCACAAUAAAGCUGAAUCCUGUCUCUGG